AUGGUGGCCCACUUUAUCAGAAAUUGUCCACAAGCUAAGAAAGAAGAGCUGAAGAAGAAUACUAAUCAGAACCUUGGACUUCUAUUUACUAUGACUCAGGUUUAUGCUGAUGCUAGUCCAUUAGUGGUGACAAGUCAGUUAUCUAUAAAUGGUUGUUCAUAUACUGUGUUAUUUGAUUCGGGAGCUACUCAUUCUUAUGUGUUGAGUAGAGUAACUGAAAGUUUUCAUAAACUAUGUGAUGUGUAUGCUUCGGGGUUUGGUACUCUAUUACCUUCGGGAGACCUAAUAGUAUCCACUUGGUGGAUUCGGUCCUUGUCUUUUUGGAUUGAUGGUUAUGAGUUAACCGCCAAUAUAAUUGAGUUACAACUAUCUGAUUUUGACAUAAUCCUGGGAAUGGAUUUUCUAUCUAAGUAUGGGGCAACGAUCGACUGCAAGCGGAAGAUGGUGAUGUUUGAGGAUGACAUUGCUAACCCGACAAUGUUUUUGGGUAAGGUUCAGGGGAUGUGCAUACCAAGAAUAACACUUUUAAAAGCUAAAGAUCUAAUGUGCAGAGGUUGUUUGGGAUUCCUAGUCACUAUGGUGGAUACCUGUCAACCUUUGUCAUCUGGACCUGAGAAUACAAGAUUGGUAUGCAAAUUUCUUGAUGUUUUUCCUAAAGAUCUGUCGGGAUUACCACCUUCCUGA